CGUACUAAGUAUAAAGUGUUGUUCGCCUCGAACAUCACUAAUCACAACUCAUCCGCAGACUCAAAGCUCCUGGAGAGCCAAGUUCGUUGAGUAUCUAGCCUUGAUCCUAGUGUCAUCUUGCUUGAGACGAGCCUGGUACCCCUGAUACCGGCAAGAUGAAUGCCACGAUCCCACCCAUGCAUACUGCACUUUCUGUGCUCGGCACGAUGGCUGGCCAGUACAUUGCCGCGCAGGGCCAAACGGCUCAGGCUAAACAGCCUGUGCCCGCCAAUGCGUCUACCCAGCAGUCCACCGUGACUGCGACUCUCGCAAUAUGUGACAUUUGUAAAGUCCGACCCAAGUACUUCGACGGACAAAAGACACACUCGUACUGCGGGAAGACUUGCGCGACUACAGCACAAAACAAGCAUAUUCCCAACAGCAAACCUAAGCGAAACAAGACCAGCAAAGCCUCCCGCAGAUUGUGCGACCAUUGUCAUAAGCAUCCCAAGUACAACGAUGGCACCACGACCCAUUCGUACUGCAGCAAAUCUUGCGCACAAAAAGCGAAGGCUGCAGGAACGUCGGCUGCACAACCUAUACAACCAGCCAAGUCCGUUCGAUCAUUCUUUCAUCGGGUGUUGACAGUACUUACUACUGCUUCUCGAUCCAGUCCAACAACCAAUGGUUGCUUGUUGUGUGGAAAGGCUGUGAAGGGCAAGGGUCACUUCUGCAGCCAGGCGUGCACCUCGAGGGCUGAGAAGAGUGCCCCAGGGCUCCUAGAAGUCCCACAAGGACACGAUACAUUCAAGAGCGUCGCUGACCAAUUUAAAACGUCGUGGAGACAUCAGACUCCAUGCCCGGCAGUUCGGAAGGUGCACAAAGUGAUCGCGUCGCCAGCCUCCAUUGCUAAAUACGAGGCAUAUCGUGCUGCUGUUGAGAGCCGUGGCAACUUUGCUGCAGCUGGGCGUUCUGCAGGGAACGAGAAUCGCCGCUGGCACGGAACGACCAGGGAAUGCAAUCUGGGCGAUAACGGCAACUCCAUGCUGUGCUCAUCUCAGACAUGUUCCUUGUGCUGCAUUCUCAGAACGUCAUACAACCUGAAUCUCUUCGGCAAGAAGACUGGCUGGGGCCGAUUCGGUCACGGGAUCUACACGUCGUCGACGUCAUCGAAAUCGAACGACUACUCCACGAACGUGAAUCCAUCGAAGUUGAAGGCGAUAUUGCUAAACAAAGUGGUUGUUGGCAAAGGUUACAAGAUGACGCAAGACAACACCUCACUAACCGCGGCUCCAACUGGUUAUGACUCCGUCCUCGCGGAGGUGGUGAACGGAGGAUCGUUGAAUUAUGAUGAGCUCGUGUGUUACACUAAUGACGCCAUCCGCCCGUCCUAUAUAGUCAUGUACGAUGCAUGAGAGGAAGGGGAUCCUCAUCCCCUCCGCGGACAAGCACCAUAUUACAUGUGUAAUUUACUUAUCUAUUUCUUUUUCAACCUCAUGUAUUCAAUAGGAACGCGUAGACUUGCGCUGGGACAUAUUAAUGUUACGCACUAUAUUUUUGCAUGUUAUUGCCAAUAGGCUAAUCACUCCACUUUUCUUGUGGUGCAUGGAGGCAACAUGACAUAGCACCGACUACCGACAAGCAAGAGAGAAGAGUAUAUCGUGGUAUGAGC